AUGCGGAUGAUUACUAUGCGUGCUGAGAGCACUAUCUUGGCCUUCGUGAUUUUCGCCUCGGCUUUAUGGCCUCUGCAGGCCCGAUGCUCUCGACGCCUUAAUUCGCUACGAAUCGACGCGCUAGACGUGUCAAGUCGUCAGAGAGGACCAACCGAUACAACGACUGAAACUGCUCUUGAAGUAAGCCCAAAAACAAACCGCUAGACCACUAUCAACACCACAAUCAACAACACUAUCAAAAGAUGAAGCUAACCAUCCUAAGGCAUCAAGGACUAUGCGACCGCCUUCCUCGCGGCCACGGGCGUCACGCUGCCGCCGCUCCAGUACGUCGCGCCCGCGGGCUCGUCGAAGGUCGAGCCCGGCACGACGCCGGCUCAAGAUGUCACGCUCACGUACGCCACGGUCGACGCGCUCGCGGCGGCCUGCGGCGCGUCGCGUUUGGAUGGAGGCAUGCACUUCACGGGCGCCGUCGCCGCCGGGGAAGCGCUCUGUGCGGGCAUCGGCACCGCGGGCUUCGAAUACGCCUCCGACCUCAUCGGCGGCGAGUGGUAG